AUGGCGUCAAAUGUACCCAAGUUUACCAGCUUCCGCCCAAAACCCAAGCCGGCGGUUGAACCGCCUAAAGAAGCCUCGAAAUCAGAGGUAAGAGCAAAAAGCUCGUCGAGACCCAAAAAGCAUGGCGCACAAGUUGAGUCGCGCGUUGCAGACACACCAAAAUCUGAGCAAAUUGAGCCCUCAUCCAAGUUGUAUUUCAGCGACAGGAGAGGUGAUCCAGACAUUCUAAAAUAUGGCGCUCUCAGUCGCUAUGAUAUACCCACAUACCGAAGAGCUGGUUACGGAUACGUCCUGGGCUUGAGCUUGGAUCAGAAAAUCGACCGCGAACGAUCGUCACAUUCCAAAACCUACAUGACAUAUGUCUCAGGUCGCCAGCAAGAGAGACUGAUGACCGCCAAGAAUGUGCCCAAAGAGAGUAGUCGGACGCUGCGCAUCGUGCAGAGCAGCGAAAGUCCAAGUCUUGCCGAAGAGCUAGACUUUAUCGCGCUGUCUAACCACGACAAGAGACGACGCGACGACAGUGACAGCAGAGAAGAUGGGGGACCUCCCGAUCUGGACUAUCGCGGCAUCGAGCGCGACGUCAGCCAACCACUCGACCCGGAUACUCAAUACGACGAUCAUCUUGAAGAUCUGACUGCUAUCUCAGAGCUCACUAAGAAGAACACUGAGCUUGUACGCAAAACUCGUGAGCAUCCAGAGGACAUACAGCCAUGGCUAGACUUCAUCGAGCACCAGGAAGUAAUGAUAGCCCCAGAGCGCUCUCUUGGUGAAGUCGACGAAGCUAGACAACGACAACUUGCUGAUGUGCGCAUACCAAUAUACGAAGAAGCUUUGAAGAAAGUCAAAAAUGCUCAAAAUGACCACAUCCAGCUGUACCGAGGCUUGCUCAAAGAGGCGCAAAAGUCAUGGACUGAGAGCAAGUUGUGGAAUAGAUGGACCGAGGUACUCAAGGUGCAUACUGAGAGCCCAGAGCUGUGGCUGAUGUAUUUGGAUUUCGUACAGUCGCAUCUUGCCCGAUUCAAGUAUGAGGCCUGUCGCAAGACGUUCCUCGAGUGUCUCGAUGCUCUUCAGGGGUCGAAGGAAGUGGCUGUAGAGUCAGUUCUGCACAUCUUCGUUCGUAUGACAAGCAUGAUACAUGGAGCCGGAUAUCAAGAGCUUGCCCUAGCCAUAUGGCAAUCCGUCUUGGAACGGAAUCUCUCACAGCCGCCCAUGACAGCGGCGGAUCUCGGAGACUUUGAGCAAUUCUGGGAGAGCGAAGCCCCGCGGAUUGGUGAGGCUGAAGCCAGUGGGUGGCGGAAGGCUGCAGACGACGACAUACCGUCCAAUACUGAGUCCUUGCUUCCACAAAAUCCAGGAGACUCCAUCUUUGAGGACUUUCGAAAGCGCGAACACGAUUCCAUUGAGAAGCUACGAUAUCCUGGACGUGCUUCAGAUGAAGUGGGCGAAGAUGACGCCUUCCACACGAUCUUCUACGCGGAUAUCGAGCCAUACAUCAAGAGCGUUCCAGCAGAUACUCCGACUGUGCUCCUAUUAGAAGCAUUCCUUUGUUUCUGUGGUCUACCAUCAUUGCCACGUAUAGGAAAUCACCAGCGAUUAUGGUGGGAUGAUCCAUUCAUUGCGCAGCGUGGCGCCGACACACCGUCAUCUCACCAUCUCGAAGGUGCCGAACAAGGCUCUAUCGUCGAUAAGUUUGAACAAUUCUUCGCUUGCGAAAAGACUAGCUUCCAGAUGACAAGCGAACUUCUCUUCCAUGACGACUUCAAUCUCAGUGGAGUCCGAAUCGGCGCGGACUUCAUACAGCGUAUCCUCCAGCUCGCCGCCAUGGAAACGAAAGAUGCGAUUCUCGGAGAAUAUUUGCUUGCCUUUGAGUACCGCCAUUCUCCAACAGAAGUUGUCAAGACGGCAAAACAGCUUCUGAAAGCGCAACCCACGAGCCAGCAUCUUUACCAUGCGUACGGUCUGGUCGAGUCACGUCGCGGGAAACCAGAAAAAGCGAAUCAAGUCUUCAGCAUGGCCUUAUCCAUGCGCACUCUUGGUACCUCCGAAAGCCUACAACUAUUCAACAGCUGGGUGUGGGAAGCACUAUAUGCCAACGACCACCUCGAGGCCCUGUGGCGUCUCUCAUCACCGUCUGGCAAACUUCCCACUAGAUCGGAUCCAACAAAGCCCCCAAACGCAGCCCUCAUCCAGAACGCAUCAACAACUCUAAGCUCAAUCAGCGAACAAUCUCUCCUCACACACGCCUACCCCUCCGCCGUCCUCAGCACAUCCCUCCUCGCGCUCGUCACCUACCUCACCUCCUCCCUUAGCCCCGAAAUCAUCAUAUCCGCACACCACAACCUCCUCUCAUGGUUCACAUCCCACGCCCUGCAUACCUCACCCGCCUCAGAACUCUCCGCCCAAUCUCUCGCCCGCUUCCUCCUGCACCACGCCACCCACGCGCCCAUCCUCAAACCCUCCCUGAUUCGCACCGCUCUGGAGCCCUACAUCGCGCUCUUCCCAAACAACACGAUCCUGCUGUCGCUCUACGCAGCUAACGAGUCGCGCUUCGCCGUCGACGAUCGCGUGCGGGGCAUCAUGGCCGAGCGCGCGCUGCCGACGAGCGUGGCGGGCUGGUGUUUUGCGAUUCGGUUUGAAGAGAAGAGGGCGGAGGUGGCGAGGACGGCGGGCGCGAUUCGCGCGGCGUAUAAGCGCGCUACGCAUGCGGAGGCUUCGGGGGCGCAUUCACUCGCCAUCUGGACGAGUUAUUUGCGGUUCGAGGUCGAGCAGUUGGGGGUCUUGAAAGACAGGGUCGCGGGAGAAAGACCCGGUAAGGAUGGCAGGAAGAGGACGUGGGAGAAGAGGGUGGAUGAGGCGCGGGAGAGGGUUAAAGAGACGUUUUAUGCUGGGUUGAGGAAUCUGCCUUGGUGUAAGGAGUUUAUCAUGUUGGGGUUUGGGGAGAGUGGUAAGGGUGUGUUUGGUGAGGGAGAGCUGUGGAAGAUUUAUCGCGUCUUGCAGGAGAAGGAGUUGAGGGUUUAUGUGGAGCUUGAUUAA